GAUUCUUGAAUAUAAUGGAGCAGCUAUCAUUGCCAUGAAAGGCAGAGACUGUGUCGCCAUAGCGUCAGACCGAAGGUUCGGAAUACAGGCACAAACUGUCAGUACAAACUUCCAGAAGAUAUUUGAGAUGGGACCUCGACUUUAUAUUGGUUUACCUGGUCUGGCCACAGAUGUCCAAACAGUGCAUCAGCGUCUUGAAUUCAGAUUAAAUUUAUACGAAUUACGAGAAAACAGAAGAAUUAAACCUAAAACAUUUCUAAGCAUGGUGUCAAAUCUUCUAUAUGAAAGGAGAUUUGGCCCUUAUUUUGUUGAACCAGUCAUUGCUGGACUUGACCCUAAAACCUUUGAACCUUUCAUUGCCUCCAUGGAUUUGAUUGGCUGCCCCAUGGUUACAGAUGAUUUUGUUGUUAGUGGAACUUGUUCAGAACAAAUGUAUGGCAUGUGUGAGUCCGUCUGGGAGCCAAACAUGGAGCCACAGGAACUGUUUGAGUCUAUAUCUCAAGCCCUGCUAAAUGCUGUAGAUCGUGAUGCAGUGUCAGGCUGGGGAGGGAUUGUUCAUAUCAUUGAGAAAGACAAAGUCACAACUACAGAACUCAAGGGAAGAAUGGAUUGAUGUGUCACAUAGGAUAGGAACAAGUGCUACUGACUCUAUAGAUGUAAACUGUCAUUUUAUAUUUGUGUCUUCUCAUGUUUCACCUAUAUCAACCAUUUGAAUUAAAACAUCUGAAAAAAGUA